GAUCAAUUAUUAGAAAGAAGAAGCAGAGUAGUUUGGGUCAUGGCCAAGCUCUGUUUUGCUCUGUUCUUGAUUGUAUCAGUUCAGUUUUUUGAAUUAGUAAUGUCUAAAAUGGAAUUGGUAACUACACCACCAUUGCCUAUUCUCCCAAUUCCCUCUUCAGCUCAAUUGAAAUGGCAGCAGAGAGAAGUAAUAAUGUUCCUUCACUUUGGAAUGAACACUUUCACUGAUUCAGAAUGGGGAACCGGUCACGAGAGUCCAUCUCUGUUCAACCCAACAGGGUUCGACGCCCAUCAAUGGGUCGACGUCGCUUCCAGUGCCGGAAUAUCUUUGGUGAUCCUCACCACCAAACAUCACGAUGGGUUCUGCUUGUGGCCUUCUCAAUACACAGACCAUUCCGUCAAGAACAGUCCAUGGAAGAACGGCCAUGGCGAUGUGGUCGGAGAGCUGGUUGAUGCUGCAAAUUCUAAAGGUCUAGAUGUGGGGCUUUAUCUCUCGCCUUGGGACCGCCACGAUAAGAGAUACGGGCUCGAAUUGCAGUACAACGAGUACUACUUAGCCCAGUUGCAGGAGUUGCUCCGAAGAUAUGGAAGUGUUCAGGAGAUUUGGUUCGAUGGAGCCAAAGGUCCGAAUGCCCCCAACAUGAGUUACUACUUUGGAGAUUGGUUUUCCAUGGUGAAGGAAUUGCAGAGCUCCAUUAAUAUCUUCUCAGAUGCAGGGCCUGAUGUGAGAUGGAUCGGAGAUGAGAAGGGAUACGCCGGAGAUACAUGCUGGUCCACCAUUAAUCGUACUUCACUGAGGAUUGGAGAUGGAAGCAUCGUCACUUAUCUGAACGCGGGUGAUCCAAUUGGUACUGAUUGGGUUCCCCCUGAAUGCGAUGUUUCGAUCAGAACUGGUUGGUUCUGGCACAAAUCGCAAUCUCCAAAACCAUUAAGCCAGCUGCUCGAAAUCUACUACAACUCUGUUGGAAGAAACUGUUUGCUCUUGCUCAAUGUACCACCCAAUUCAACUGGGCUUAUCUCCGAUGCCGACACCCAGCGAUUAGGAGAAUUCCGGCGAGCUAUCGACACCAUAUUCUCCACCAAUUUAGCAGAGGGAAGUAUCAGUAAAGCCAGCAGCCAGAGAGGAGGAAAGAAUGGUGGGUUUGGACCCGAAAAUGUUCUUGAUGAAGAUCACUUGUGGUCUUAUUGGGCCCCCAAUGAGGAGGCCCAUGAUGAGCAUUGGAUUGAAAUUGUGGGGAAAGAUAAAGGGAAAGGGUUUAGAUUCAAUGUGGUGAGAAUUCAAGAAGCAAUUGUGCUGGGCCAGAGGAUCAAGAACCAUGAGAUCUAUGCCGAUGGGAAUCGAGUGGCGACGGGGACGACCGUAGGUUAUAAGAGGCUUCACAGGAUUCAAACGGGAACGGUUCAGGCCCAUCGGGUUAGGAUCCGAAUAAGAGAAUCAAGAGGAUGGCCAUUGAUAUCCUCCAUUGGUCUUCAUUUUGAUCCCUAUUGGAACCCAAAGAAAGAUAAUAGGUAGUUUUGGUAAACUACUUCAUUCUUUCAGUGUAAUCC